AUGGAUGUACCAAGCUUUACCCUACGAUUCAAGGCUCCCUCGGACGAUCCAACUCAGCCCGUGCAGAACUGCCAAUUGCACAUCGUGAGUUCCGGUGUGGUUGAAGUCUUUGCCAACGGCGCCACCGCGACCAUUGACACUGAAGGCAAGUGGUACCAGGCGGGCGCGUUUAUUGUGGCCAGUGUCAUAGUUUCUACUGCGGACAUGUCGUCCUUUGUCUUCCAAGUGGAUCAGUUCCAGGCUGCUGGGGGCAAUUCUGUGGUCAUCCAGGCCGAUGUCUUGAACCCCAACGGAAAGCUCAACUCGAAGCUUGCCUUCAUCCAGCAUGCAGAUGACCUCCUAAAUGCCAAAACUCAGACAGGAGAUCCAUUGAUUACACCAGGGGCCGUCAAUCAGCAGGAUGCAGAGCGAGCUGCGGCCAUGAUCAACCAAUUUAACAAGACCCAAAUAUUUCUCGGUCGGCCAGGUCAACCCCUGAAGAGGAAUGACAACAGCCCAAAGCUCUACAACCCCAAAACAAAGAGGCCGACAAUCAUCGCCGGCAUUGGCUUCUUCUCCUGGUGCUUCGAAAAGGCCAAGCAGGCUACAAGCUGGGUCCUUCAGAAGAUUGGUAAUACCCUCAAUUCAUCCUGGACGGCGUUGAAGCCGUUGAAAGCCAUGAGCUGGGUCUUUGAAAAGAUCAACGUCGGAGUGCAGAAGCUGAUUGACUUUGUCGGGGUCAUCUUCCAAUGGGGAGACGUCCUCGAUACUUCCGACAGCAUCGUGGCCUUUAUCAACGCUGGCCUCGAAUAUGCACAGGACCAAGUCUCGGGCCUGAGGGCUAAGGAGCAGCAGUUCAUGCAGACUCUAAAAGACUCUGAUUCCGAGGAGAAAAGCAGCAUGGAUGCGGCCAAGAACAGCGUCACAUACAACUGGGUGUCCGGAUGUCAUGUCGGCCAUACCAACUCUAGAGGCUUCAACGCCUUCUCACUGCUCAUGGCCAUCCCCGUGACGGCUGUGUACAGGGUGGUCAAAGGAACAGCACUACCGUCCCUGAAGGGCAUGGACAAGACCACUUUCGCAGCCUACGUGAAUGGCACCCUAGGUGACGACGACUCGGAUUUUUGCAUCACUCGCACACAGAUUCAGAUCGUUGGGUUCGCUAUCGCGGCCAAAGCAACUCACCUUGAAGUCGGCUUUCAGCUGAUUAGCUGGGUGACCAACAAGAUCCAAGGCCUCGCCGCCGAGACCAUAGACACUGGUCUAAUCUUUGUUGGUGUGACUAUGCUGAUCAUCGGAUGGCCUGUUGCUAGCCAGAAGGACAUGGGAAUGAGAUUCAUCGUCUGUGGGUUCGACUACUCCAGUGUAGUUGCUCUUGCAACCGCAUGUUUCGUCUCAUGGAAGACAAGCACCCCACGUUCCGAGACAGCGCCAGCAGUGGCUACUUGGGUCGCUCUCACGUCCAUCCCCUCAUACAUGAUCAAGAUCAUCGUCAACAACAACUCGGAGUCAAGCGACCCAAGCCCUCUUAACAGGCCCCUCUUAUUACGUGAAUAG